GUUCCAACUACGGUCGAGUGUGUCGUGUCGUUGCUGCCGAUGGGUGAAUUUUUGAUUUGAUUGAAUCGGGUUUUUACUAUUCUUUUGCGUGGAGUGACGUCCCCGGCUCCAAAAGGUGGCGUUGGUGAGAAUUGCCAUGAAGCAACUGUCCACAGGCGUUCUGCAUUGGAUUGAGUGAUACUUGUGUGGGGAAAUGUACUGGAAGCAGCGAAAUAAGGCUCCAGCUUUCUUGUUGUCCUUCGUUCGGCGGCGGUUGAAUUCCGCUAAAGUGGGAUACAAACGUAAAUAGAAUAUGCAGUGUGCUUCAGCGUUCUGAUUAUACGGAAAGGGUUGCGUGGCGGUGUUCGCUCUCAGGAACAAGAGGGUGACAUAACCAUUCUCGGGAAGUCGAGUUUUGUGUGCGAAGCGGAAGUUGAUGAGUAAAUGUGACCUUUUCAAGUUCCUAGAAGUUGUGUAAAUACGGGCCGGUCGAACAGGAAGUGAGUGUGCCGAAGGUCCUGUUGGGGGGAGUUUCUGAGAAUAGAUAAAGGUCAAAAAUAGUCACUAGUUAAGGGGGUCGGCGAAAAAGCUAAUAAGUGCGUGACCGUUAUCAGAUACAGUUCUAGUUGAUGAAGAGAUUUGUUUUCCGUACAGGAGUAGAAAAGAAAGGUGAAAAAGUGCUCAGUUUCGGCAGAGCAAGGAAGGAAAUCUUAAAGAGCCAAGGCGUGAAGUUCAAAUUGAAAAGUUUACUUGAGCGUUGCUAAUUUAGGAUUUGUGAUUGUUUGCUGAGGAUCAGCGGAGACGUGAUGAGAAAGUUUUUUUCAUAUUCUUUUUAUUUGUGAAGAUUGAUGGGGGAGGUACUGGAUUGGGGAAAAAAUACUACGGCUUCGUGAGCGAUUAGGGGAAAGAGAACGACCAACGAGACGGAAGUGGACGACGAAUCCGAGCAAGCUGUUCCGCUGAAGCUGAAUUACUACAGUAAGUGCUGGUUGAACAUGACGCGAAAGAGAAACUUUGAGAUCACGUAAAAUUGCGAACCGCACUACUUCCGCCAAGUGGUUCAGUUUGUGAAAAUUACCGGAACCAGCCGGCGAAAAAAAAAACAAACCUACCCGCAAAAUGUGAGAAAAGCGACGGGCAAUCGACCCCGAAAACUGCCACACACCGUAACAACAAAAGCAGCAGCAGCACAUUUUCGGUUCGGAAAUGAAAGUGGAACCACCAUCAGUGAACAGGAUGUUUUCCGCGGUCGUCGGUUACGGUGGACCGCGUUUGUGCUCAUCGUGCCGGUGUGUCUGUACCUGUGAUAGCGAGUGACGAGUGAAACCGGAUAGAAGGCGAGAAUUUUUGGCAGGAAAAGAACAAACCCGGAUUUCGGAGUCCGCGGCCGCUGACGUUGCCGCCGCCGCCGUCGCCGUUUAAAUAGCCGGAUUCGCAAACGGCCUGAAAAUGCUAAUCAAGGCCAAUAUUUGGAUAUACGUAUUUCAACUUGUUGUGUUGAAAGUAUCCUACCACGUCCAUGGAUUGGAAAGUGUUCACAUCCGAGUUCCACCAGCGGUGACACUAGGUGGCUCGGCCGUACUCAUUUGCGAGUGUGACCUGCCGGACGAGGAUCUCUACUCGGUCAAGUGGUACAAAGGGAAGCACGAAUUUUUUCGCUACACAUCGAAGGAAAUUCCGUCGAUUAAGAUUUUUCCAAAGGCUGGAAUAAGUGUUGAUGUUAAUCAUUCCAAUGCGAGCCACGUGAUUCUGGCAAACGUGGAACCGCACACGAGCGGGAAGUACAGCUGCGAGAUAACGGAAGCGGCACCAUCUUUCCAUACGCAGAUAGUCACUAGAGAUUUAAAUGUAGUAGAUUUACCCAAAAGCGACCCGGUGAUAGCGGACAUGAAGCCAUACUACGGUGCCGACGAGUUUCUCGAGGUUGUUUGCAUAUCAAAUGAGUCACUGCCAGCUGCCCGGCUUGAAUGGUUUAUCAACGAUCGGCCGCUGGGUAAGAUACAGCCACCGUCCAGGCUGGAGGUACUCACCGUGCCGGUGACUCGAAGCGGCCAUGUAGCCGAUGACAGUAGUAAUCCAGACGUCAACGGCACCAGUCCUAGCGGUAGAAAACCAACCAAGUCUUCCCUACAUCAAAAAUCGGCCACCGCUACCGAAGACGAUGACCGGUUGGUGCGGAAUGGAAAUUCGCUCCCGCACCACACACUGGUAGCUCCGGUGGCGGCAGCUAUCAUCUCAUCUGCUCUGUCGUUAGCAACGACCGGACCAUCGGUGCAAUCCGCAGAUCUAGCUACGGUGGGACCACCCGCGACUGGCUACACGACAACGAAUUCGAAGAGUGGCCGAAAAGGAACGGCAAACAGCCGAUAUGAACGGUCCGUCUCCCGGCUCAAGCUACUGCUGGGACAUGAGCAUUUUGUAGAAGGAAAAAUACGGGUAAAAUGCACUGCCAGGAUAUUCGAUCUGUACGAACGAAGCGCCCAGCAGGUGGCUGAUGAAAACUACCCGCAGGUGCGGGUGUUAUCCAAUAGUGAUAACGGAGUGCACUUUUCCUUCAUGAGUGACAAAGAUGAAGUAUCAUCCGCCGCAUCGUCCCACCGCCACUACUCGCUCUGGCCACGGAUCCCGGUAGCGAAAUGGAUGCUACAACUGGCGAGCUGCUGGUGGCUUACUGGCACGUCCAGCAAACUUCUAGACACCGGCCAAGGCGGCCCCAAUUUGGUGGUCGUCGUCGUCGUAGUCGUGCUAGUUUCCCUUAUCACUGCAACCAUCUUCACAAUUUGAAACACCCGGAACCAACUGAUGCUGCGAGUUGGUUUCGAACUCGGCUGCUGCUGCUUGGUGACACGGUGUGGGAAUCCUGGACUCAAGUCCUCGGUAGAGGUAGUGUUAUAUGAUUCUAGGGGAUUCAACGGCUGAAGAAAAACACAGAACGACGAAAUCUGAGGGUUUGGAGGCUACGGGGGAUCAAUGUUGUACAGUUUCAGGUUCAGUUCAAGUGCUUUCAAUGCUUCUCCCCCCGCAAUCCUACUCCUCGCUAUCCCUAAUAGAUAUGGAAAGAAAUAUGCACACUGAUGGAAGAAAUACGAGCAGCGUUUGUGUGUUUAUGGUCGUGAUAGUGGUGUUCAUAGACGAAAAUAUGCCAAUCGAUGGCCCAAAUGGGGAAAAAGAAUGGACGAUACGUGAUCGAAAAUGAAAAUGGGAAAUGAAUAUAGGGGUGUGUACUGCCAUGAAAUUUAUGGAGACGCGCAUUUUUUAACCAAAAUAAACAUAUAAUUUUGUACAAAUGAGAAUCAGCUUAGACGGGGUAAAAUAGGCGAACAUUGAAUCGAAAGUUAGCUAUUUUUUGUACUGAAAAAACUUGCUUCCCUGUCUAAUAGUAGCUAUAAAAAUUCAAAAAAUUAAAACAACUAGCAGUUAGAAGAAAUUUAGAACAAUACCACUCGGCUAGCGAAAGGCAUACCAUCUAACAACAAAAGUAUUGAAACAACUAAUAUUUAUAACGAAAUUGGACUGAGCAGGACGGUUGUACAGAGAGCAGAACAGAAACAUGUUAUCCAAUAAAUUAGUUACAAUGUUUCUCUAAAAUCCGGUUAAGCUGAAUAUACAGGCAUACAGAUAAUUGUAAUGAAUAAUUAAAAAUAAAAUAUCUAAGGCGAAUGUGAUGUGAAUUAUGCUACUGAAUGAAACAGAGAUACAAGUGUUGUAUAUUAAAGAAAGUCUAUUGCGAAAUAAAACAUAAAAUAUCUUA